CCCGAACGGCCGAACCUCCCUCUGCUCCGCGCGACUCGUGUGGUUCGCCUCCGCUAUUCUUCUUCUUGCGAGAGAAGCAAAGCCCCGCGCCGCCGCCGCCGCCGAUAAGGGUAGGUCGCCGGAGGGGGUUGGAGGAGGAUGGCCGAGGGCGAGGAGGACGCGCGCCGCCGCGCCGCGGUCGCCGAGUACCGCAAGAAGCUCCUCAGCUGCCGGGAGCUCGAGGCGCGGGCCAAAACAGCGAGGGAGAACCAAAAAAAUGCAAAGAAAAACUUGGAAAAAACUGAAGAGGAUCUCAAAGCAUUGCAAAGCGUGGGCCAAAUAAUUGGUGAGGUGCUUCGACCUUUGGACAAGGAACGAUUUAUUGUGAAGGCUAGCAGUGGACCACGCUAUGUUGUUGCCUGCCGAAGUAAAGUUGACAAAGAAAAGUUGAUUGCUGGUACAAGAGUUGUUCUUGACAUGACAACGCUUACUAUCAUGCGCACUUUGCCACGUGAGGUUGACCCUGUGGUUUACAACAUGCUACAUGAAGAUCCUGGCAAUGUUAGUUACUCAGCUGUAGGUGGCUUGUCGGAUCAAAUAAGGGAACUCAGAGAAUCCAUUGAGUUACCGCUUAUGAAUCCAGAACUGUUUCUCCGUGUAGGGAUUAAGCCGCCAAAGGGUGUGCUACUCUAUGGUCCACCUGGAACUGGGAAGACACUCCUAGCUAGAGCCAUUGCUAGCAACAUUGAUGCUAACUUUUUGAAGAUAGUUUCAAGUGCUAUCAUUGACAAGUAUAUUGGUGAGAGUGCACGCUUGAUUCGUGAAAUGUUCAACUAUGCACGUGAGCAUCAGCCAUGCAUCAUUUUCAUGGAUGAAAUCGAUGCCAUUGGUGGCCGAAGAUUUAGCGAGGGCACAAGUGCUGAUCGUGAAAUUCAAAGGACAUUGAUGGAGCUUUUAAAUCAGCUAGAUGGAUUCGAUGAGCUUGGGAAGGUGAAAAUGAUCAUGGCAACGAACAGGCCUGACGUUUUGGAUCCUGCGCUCCUUCGGCCUGGGCGGUUGGACAGGAAAAUCGAGAUCCCGCUCCCGAACGAGCUGGGGAGGAUGGAGGUCCUCAAGAUUCACGCAGCUGGCAUUGCUAAGCAUGGCGAAAUCGAUUACGAAGCUGUUGUGAAACUGGCUGAGGGUUUCAACGGCGCUGAUCUGCGCAACGUCUGCACGGAAGCCGGCAUGGCUGCCAUUCGAGCAGAGCGCGACUAUGUUAUUCAGGAGGACUUCAUGAAGGUGCGCUUCCACCACCUCUCUCUCUCUCUCUCUCUAAUCGAGCUUGCUUGGUGCUCACCGUCCCUCCCUUUCCGAUGUAAUACCGAUUUCAGGCGGUGCGCAAGCUGAACGAGGCCAAGAAGCUCGAGUCCAGCGCGCACUACAGCGCCGACUUCGGCAAGGAGUGAAGGGGGACGACCUGAUCCAGAGACCUUCUGAUUGUAGUGGAAACCCUGUCAGGCCAUCUCGGGCGGGAGAGCUCUCAUCCUGACGCUAUCGGAGCAUACAAGCCACUCUUCGUUUACUUAUUUAUUUAUUUAUUAUUAGUUCCAGCAGAUAGAUUCCAGGAUGGAUGUGGGUCCAUGUGGCUGCAAGCACCAAGCAGGUCGUUGUAGUGUGUAAACUUCGAAUUCACUCUGAAACUGAUCACGUCGAGGAUGAACCCCGACAAUAGUUCAUCUUACAUGUGCAUUUUGCUUGCUUC